CUUCCUGCCACACGUUUGACGUUGGGGGUCUGUCUUGUCUUCCCGGUCAGCAUCAUUUCCGGUGUCUUCUGGGUGCUCAUCGCCUUUGGCAGGAUUGUGAUCGGGCGGCUCUUCGGGUGAUAUCUGUCUAGAACAUCGAUCAGCCCUCGCCUCCUACUCUCUACAAUCAUGUCUGAGUUCGAUGUGUUCGGGAACGGAGUGUCCGCCGAGGAGGACCCAGCCGCCGCCUUCCUGGCCCAGCAGGAGAGUGAGAUCGCCGGCAUCGAGAAUGACGACGGCUUCAGUAUUCUGGAUAGCGGGGAGGUGCCAAUGUCCCUGCACGACGGGGCUGUAGAUGCUGUUAUGAACGGUGAAUUUUAUCAGGAAAGUAAUGGACCAACAGAUAGUUAUUCAGCCAUUUCCCACGCUGACCGUUUGCAAGCAGAACCAGAAAGCAUCCGGAAAUGGCGAGAAGAGCAAAGGAGCCGUUUAGAAGUACUUGAUGCCAACUCUCGAAUGCAAGAAGGCGAGUGGAAGGAGAAGGCUGCUAAGGAGCUAGAUGAGUGGUACAUAAGACAAGAUGAGUUAUUACAGAAGACGAAAGCAAAUAAUCGGGUUGCAGAUGAAGCUUUCUACAAACAACCCUUCGCUGACAUGAUUGGUUAUGUCACAAACAUAAACCAUCCUUGCUACAGCCUAGAACAGGCUGCUGAGGAGGCAUUUGUAAGUGACGUUGAAGAAUCGACCCCAGGGACAGAAUGGGAACGAGUGGCUCGUCUUUGUGACUUUAACCCCAAAUCUAGCAAGCAGACAAAAGAUGUCUCCCGUAUGCGUUCAGUCCUGAUAUCUCUCAAGCAGUCUCCACUAGUUCACUGAAGGGAAACCACAGAAAAACAUGACACUUCCAAUAUUUUAAUCUCAGAGAAGCUAUGUUUGCAGAAUUUGGUUAUAUUUUACUGUUUUCGGGACCAAAAUACAUGUAUUUGAUAUUGAUCAUUGUAUGUAAUAGCCAGUCUAUCCCUGCUCUACUUCCCCUUACUUAAAAAUUUGAUAUUUGGAGGAAGCCCAGUAUGAUCAUAGUCUCACCCUGUGCUUCUGUGUCAUUGCAAUGUGAUUUUGUGAAGAAUUGUAAUAGUGAUAUUAAAGGUCUGUAUAUGAAA